GACGAGCGCGCGCUGCUCAGAGGGUUCAUCGCGCACGUCCUCGCGAGGGACCCGGACGUCCUGUGCGGGUUUGAAAUUCAAGGCGCGUCCGUCGGCUACCUCCGCGACCGCGCGGCGAAGCUCGGCAUCGGCCUCCUGCGCGACGUCUCCCGCGCCGCGUCGCUCCCCGGCGCGGCGGAGCGACAGGACGACGAGUACGGCCGCCUGCACGCGUCUGGGUUACACGUCACCGGGAGGAUCGUGAUCAACCUGUGGAGGGUGUUGCGCACGGAGCUGAAGCUGCAGUCGUACACGAUGGAGGCGUGCGCGCGCGCGGUGUUGCGGCGGCGGUUGCCGCGGUUCACGCAUCGAACGCUGUCGCGGUGGGCGUGCGCGAACGACGACGACUUUAACGGCUUUAACGGCGGCGGCGGUGGGGGCGGGAAUAAUGGUACUACUACCGUAGUCGCGGCGGCGGCGCAUCAGCGCUGGCGCGCGAUCGAUCACGCGAGCUCGCGCGCGGUCGUCGUCGCGCGGAUGCUCGAACAGCUGGACCUCGUCGCGAGGACGUCGGAGCAGGCGAGAAUUUUUGGCAUCGACUUUUUCAGCGUCCUCUCUCGCGGGUCGCAGUACCGCGUCGAAUCCAUGCUUCUUCGGUUAGCGCACACGCAAAACUAUCUCGCGGUGUCGCCGAGCAAAGAGCAAGUCGCGAGGCAGCCCGCGAUGGAGUGCCUGCCGCUCGUCAUGGAGCCGGAGAGCAAGAUGUACUCUGACCCCGUCGCGGUGCUGGAUUUCCAGUCGUUGUACCCGUCCAUGGUCAUCGCGUACAACCUGUGUUUCAGCACGUGCUUGGGCAGAGCGCCGCGCGAGAGUCCCCCGGAGCGGCACCUCGUCGACGCCGCGAAGCUCGGCGUCCUCGACGCGUUCGCGCUCGCGCCCGGGGUGCUGCCGUCGCUCGUCGAGCUGGGCGCGCGCGGCGGCGGCGGCGGCGGCGGCGGCGGCGGCGUGUACUGCGCGCCCAACGGCGCCGUGUUCGCGACGCCGUCCGCGCGCCCGGGCGUCCUCCCCAGGCUCUUGACCGAGAUUCUGGACACGCGCGUGAUGGUCAAGGCGGCGCUGAAGCGCGCGCCCGCGAGCGCGAAAGCGCGCAAGCGCGCGUUGAACGCGCGGCAGAUUGGUUUGAAACUGAUCGCGAACGUGACGUACGGAUACGCCGCCGCCGGGUUCAGCGGUCGGAUGCCGAUGGCCGAGCUCGCGGACGCGAUCGUGCAGUGCGGUCGCGACACGUUAGAGCGCGCGAUUCGAAUGGUCCACGCAAACCCCGCGUGGAACUGCAGGGUCGUGUACGGGGACACGGACUCGCUGUUCGUGCACAUGCCCGGGCGGUCGGUUCGAGAGGCGCACGCGAUCGGCGCGGAGAUCGCCGCGGCGGUGACCGCGGCGAACCCUCCCCCGGUGGUGCUCAAGCUCGAGAAGGUGUACUCGCCGUGCAUACUCGCCACGAAGAAGCGGUACGUCGGGCACGCGUACGAGAGCGCGGAUCAGCUCGUGCCGUCGUUCGACGCGAAGGGGAUCGAGACGCAACGCCGCGACUCGUGCGCGGCGGUGACGAAGCUCAUGAAGGCGUCGCUGCGGUUGUUAUUCACCACCGCGGAUUUGUCGCUCGUGAAGCGGCACGUCCAGCGGCAGCUCAUGAAGGUCAUGGCUGGUCGGUUGCCGCUGUCGGAGUUCACGUUCGCGAAGGAAGUGCGGCUCGGGACGUACAGCGGCGUCGCGUCGACGCUUCCGCCCGCCGCCGUCGUCGCCGGCGUCGCGAUUCAAAACGAUCCGCGCGCGGAGCCGAAAUUCGGCGAGCGCGUGCCGUACGUCGUCGUCGCCGGGCAACCCGGCGCGAGGCUCGUCGACCUUGUCAUGUCCCCGGAGACGUUCAUCGAGAGCGUUCAUCGAGGGCACCGCGUGCAGUUUCGGUAUUACGUCGAGAAGCAAAUCGUCCCGGCGAUGAAACGGCUGUUCGACCUCGUCGGCGCGGACGUCGGCGCGUGGUAUCGCGAGCUCCCGCCGCCGCCGCGCGAGCCGCCGACGAAGCGUCUCCUCGCGAACCCACACGCCGCGACGUCCUCGAAGCAGACGGUCGACGCGUACUACCUCUCGUCGCACUGCGCCGUGUGCGGGGAGAUGACGACGGGGACGCGCGUGGUCUGCGCGGCGUGCGAGGACGAGCCGGCGACGACGACGGCGACGUUGCGCGCGCGCGCGGCUGAGGCGGAGACGCGCGCGGAGCACCUCGCGGCGACGUGUCGAACGUGCGGCGGGUGCGGCGGCGGCGCGAUCGAGUGCCGGUCGUUGGACUGUCCGGUGUAUUACGAGCGGAGAAAGACGGAUAAGGAAAGCGCGGCGGCG